AUGCUGUUCUUGCCGUUCCUUCCAGUAAUCUGCGCUGUUGCGGUACCCAACCCUUCACCAUCCUAUACUUCUCCAUCCUCCCACAUCACUUUCACCAACACUCAGCGCUUUUUAUUCGACACUUUGGGUAAUCAAAUCGACGCCUAUGGCAGCAAGGUCAAUUUCUUCAAUGGAUCUUACUACCUCUACGGAAACAGUUUCUCUACCACUGGCGUAGCGUUCGGCAUCAAAUCCUAUUCCUCCAACAACCUCAAGGACUGGACAUACGAAGGCUUUCUCUUUGAUCCAUACUCGGAAAAUAGUCCUUGCGAAGCUUCUGGCGGUUGUGGAAGACCACACAUCGUCUACAACCCUACGAGCGAACAAUACAUUCUCUGGGCCAAUGCUGGUUCGCCGGGAUAUGUCGUUGCUGCUUCGAAAAGUCCGACUGGACCGUUCGUAUUCUCAAAGGGAAUAGCGCUCAUCGAUCCUCAAUUCGACGGCUUGCAGCCGGCCGACUUUACGGUCGAAAGCUACGGGGAGAAAGCAUAUCUUGUCUUCUCAGCGUUGAGCUUUGUGGACCCAAGAGCUGGAAGUGUUUGGCCUCCUAUAUUUCAAACACUUCACGUCUCCGCAUUGACCCCGGAUUUCCUGAACACUACCCGCACCAGCUAUCCGGUCCGCAGCCAAGCUUUUGACCUCAUUGAUGAAGAAGCAGAAUCCCCUGAUCUUUUCUACCGACCGGAAAAUCAAAUGUGGUAUAUCUCCGCUUCGAAUACUUGCGGAUAUUGCAAUGGGUCUAUUGGUCUUUUAUACCGCUCCCAGAGUAUUACAGGGCCGUGGGACAGGCAGAUUAUUUCGGGGUAUUCUUGCAAUGGACAGGUCGAAGGCGUGCUGCCGUUGGAAGACGGUAGAGGCGGAAGGACUUAUGUAUGGCAUUCAACUUCUGUUCCUGGUGGCCCGAGGGUUGGAUUCGGAGGACAUAUCUUUCAGCCGCUGCGAUUCAGGGCGGAUGGAUCGGUCGAAGAGCUGGACUGUUCGGCGGGAGCAAGGUUUGACGUGCAGUUUACGAAGGGCAAUGGGGCCGAUAGUGUGCAGAAGGUUACCUAUGGAAGUCCUUUGAGUGCCGCUGUGCGUUCCUAUCAAGGUGUAGAGUGGGAUCAUGUGGCUGACAAGAAAUAGUACACCGCUGUCUGUGAUUCAGACCAAUACGACCUCUUCCAGACAUGGCGCGCCUCUCGCAGCGGGACUCUCAAAUCCGUCUCCGUCAACAUCGCUGCCUCCGGCAACCAGGAAGUUCCACUCGUCCUCACCGCGUUCAAAUUCUCUUCUUAUUCCGACCUCGUCUCCCCUGAAUACAUUUGGACACAACUCGGCACUGUCAGUCUCAAUGCUGCGCAAUUGAGUUACGUCUUCAACACCACAACAGUACCCCUGUCGUCCAACGCCACAGUCGAAGCCGGCGAUAUGCUUGGGCUGGCUAUUGCGGGAGCAGACUUUGCGCCGUAUUGCCAUUUGGAGUACGAGAUUGGAGGCGGAGAGGGAGAUAAGGUGUUAUUUCAAAGGGGAGCUGGGCAGAAUUCUUGGAGGGGCUUGAAGGGGAAUAUUUCUCCGGUGUAUAGAAGGGAUGGAAGAAGCAUCAAGUUCUUUCUGGAGUACGCUUGA